ACCCGCUCAGUUGAUUCUCAGUCGCAGUUAGGACCGCACGCGUCCACUGACCACCGAACCGAAUAACUUUUCGCCAUGACGUUGCGCUGCGUGCUUGCGGUGCUGGCAUUGGCCGGGGCCACGUUUGCUGGUCAGGAGGUCACCGAACUUAAGGUGGACGUAGUCAGCGUGCCCGAAGGAUGCACGACCAAGUCCAAGCACGGCGACAUGCUCACUAUGCACUACACCGGCACGCUGGACGACGGGCAUAAGUUCGACUCGAGCUACGACCGCGACCAGCCUUUCACUUUUCAAAUUGGCGUUGGCCAGGUCAUCAAGGGAUGGGACCAAGGUCUCCUCGACAUGUGCGUCGGUGAGAAACGUAAGCUGACGAUCCCAUCUUCGUUGGGUUACGGCGAGCGAGGGGCGGGCAACGUGAUCCCACCCCACGCCACGCUGCACUUCGAGGUCGAGCUGAUCAACAUCGGCGACUCCCCUCCCACCACCAACGUGUUCAAGGAGAUCGACGCCGACAAAGACAACAUGCUGUCGCGCGAAGAAGUGAGCGAGUACCUGAAGAAGCAGAUGGUGCCUCCUGAUGGCGCGGAGAUGAGUGACGACAUCAAGCAGAUGCUCGAAAGCCACGACAAGCUAGUCGAGGAGAUCUUCCAACACGAAGACAAAGACAAGAACGGCUUCAUCAGCCAUGAGGAGUUCUCAGGCCCCAAACAUGACGAGCUAUAAAUAUCCAGCCAUCACCUCCCGAGCUCAAACGUCGCUAAAUAAAUCUAGGGAGGUUGAUUCAAUAAAGACUUUUCAGUGGCGCGAGUGUUAUCCGUAAAUUACCUAAAUAAAAUAAUUGUUCAAAAUUUUACUGUAGGUAUGCUCACAUUAUAAUGAGACCAAGCUCGCAUUCGUAAGCCAAUUCGGUUAUUAUAAUGUAAGGUGUAUGUGAGGCAUUUUAUGCAAUUUUGUUGAUUUUUUGUACUUAGUUUUCUUAUGUUGUUGGUGUAUCCAUACUUUGUUGUGUAAUAAAAUAAAAAUAACUAGACUAAUUUAUGUACAAUUAAUAAGAAAACAGCAUAAUAUCUACGGAUGCCAUUUAAAUGGGACUUUCAAUCAUUUAAUAUGUCCUAAAAUCUAAACUCUUUUCAAAAUACAUUAUAUUAUGGUUUAAUAGAUUCUGAUAGAUAUUGUAGGCAUCUGUAUGUUACUGUAACAAAUUAAUAAUUGGUGUUUACUUCGCAGUGUUUCCAAUAAACAUAUUUAUACCAA